GUGAGCGCGACAAAGACAUUGUAGCUCGUCUUAGAACGUUAACUGAGGAGAGAGGUGGCUGCACGGUUUCUCUCCUCAGCUUCUCUCUGUUUCUCUGUUUAUCUCUCCUCAGCCUCUCUCUGCUUCUCACUUUCUCUCCUCAGCCUCUCUCUGCUUCUCUCUUUCUCUCUUCUUCAUCUUCCCUUUCCCAGUCGAUCUCAUUCUCUCCCAUCACAGCCUCUCUCUCCCUCCCCUCCCUCCCUCCCCUCCCUCCCACUCUCUCUCUCUUUUUCUCUCUCUCUUUCUCUCUCUCUCUCUCUCUCUCUCUCUCUCUCUCUCUCUCUCUCUCUCUCUCUCUCUCUCUCUCUCUCUCUCUCUCUCUCUCUCUCUCUCUCUCUCUCUCUCUCUCAUGAAUGUCACCUCUGCUGAUGGUUGCUGCUGGAAUUCACAGACCACUCUCACACUCUCACACUCACCCGUGGGGGGCGGCCGGGGGUUAGUUGAGGGCUGUGUGGAGAGAGAGAAUGCCAGAAGAGGAGGAAGAUAAAUCUCUCUCUGUCCAUCCCUCUGUUCCGUUCCCGGAUUCAUUCUUGGGAGUCCGUCACCGUCCCGCCUGCUGUGCUGCCUCUGGAUCUAAGUCUACUGGAUUACCGCUCCGUUUCUCCGCUCAUUAUUCCUGACGCUUGCAUUUCCACGGCAGGCAAAGUUGGGCAUCCAGAGACUAUAUGUUGACUGCCUGUUCAUUUCCUCUUGAAUUUAUAUGCUGUUUGAGCUUCAAAAUGAUUUCACUCAUCACUGGAAGAAGUGUGAUUUUAAUAUGACAGAGAAAAGAGCUCCGUCUCUUUUUGGGGGAUUGUUUACUUAUAGGAUAGGCUAGUGAUUUUGCUAUAUUUUGAACUUCGUUGUCGCUGGUGAUUUGGUUGUGAGGGACAAGAUGAGUGGGGAGGGAGGUUAGAAAUGUAGGAAAUGUCGAUAUCUUUACAUGUUUUAUUUUUAUCAAGCAGAGACAUUCUAACCUCACUCACCCAUCUUUCUUUUUUACUGAAGAUGUGACCUUAGUGGUCUCUGUUGUUCACUGUUUUUUAGUGUAGGUGCAUUUAUUUCUCGUCACACUGGAGGGUCCGCUUUGGAUGUGUGACUGCACUUGAACUCUCACCGUCCCCUGCUCUUCCCUUUUCCAGGGGGCUCUUAACCUAAACCCUCUCUCUUUAACCCUGCGUAAAACCCCUCUCCCCUCUCUGGGGCUCUCUCUGGACUUUCCGACCAUUUUCUGUUGCUUGAAGACACAGACAGCUCCGCCAGAAGAGGGGCUGUUGGGUAGGAAGACACCCCCCUCCCAAAGGUGAGAGGGGGGGGGGAAGAUGGCAGCUCUCGCCAGCUCUCUCAUCAGACAGAAACGGGCGGUCAAGGACGACGGACAAAACAGACCAGUAGCCAACAAGAGGAAGCCUUGUCCCAAGAGCAACAAGUCUCUGUGCCAGAAACAGAUACUAGUUCUUAUCUCUAAAGUGCGGCUAUGUGGGGGUCGAAAAGGUCGAAACGAAAAGAGACCGGAGCCCCAGUUGAAAGGCAUCGUGACCAGGCUGUACAGUCAGCACGGAUACUACCUGCAGAUGCAUCCGGAUGGCACCAUGGACGGCACAAGGGACGAAAGCAGCUCCUUCUCACAGUUCAACUUGAUUCCUGUGGGUCUGAGGAUCGUGGCGAUCCAGGGGGCGAAGACAGGGCUCUACCUGGGCAUGAACAGCGACGGGUACCUUUACACCUCUGAACACUUCACUCCAGAGUGUAAGUUCAAGGAGAGUGUGUUUGAGAACUACUACGUGACGUACUCCUCCAUGCUCUACAGACAGAGCCAGUCGGGUCGCUCCUGGUAUAUCGGUAUCAACCGCGACGGACAAGUCAUGAAGGGCAACCGGGUGAAGAAGACCAAAGGUGCUGCACACUUCCUGCCUAAAGUUAUAGAAGUUGCCAUGUAUAAGGAGCCAUCGCUACACGUGCUAGUCAACGAACAGAAAGAGAAAGAGAAAGAGAAAGAGAAAGAAGGCCCUGCCCGGAAGACAUUGAAGACGUCAGAAGAACGUCAUGAAAGAACUUUCUCCAUCAAGAACUGCAGGAAAGAAAAAAAAGCCCCCAAGGCUGAUGCCUCGUAGCACAGGGGACCGAUGGUGGGGGAGGGGCAGCAGUGACACUGAUACCUUAAUAGGGACUUAAUCGCCCAUCAUGCACUUGGGCUGGCUGGAGGAAUGGCCCCCUUUCGCCAGAAGUGCACUGGGCUGCACCAUGAUGAAGUGUCAGGGGUCAACAGCCCAUCAGGUCUGGGUCUCAGAGGAAUUCCUCUCACCUGCCACCAGCGAGGAAGAUAGACUAGGGCCCAAGUCAGCACCACCACCCUUCCUCCCUGUCAAUCACCUUUACCCCUUCUCCUCUAGCACACUAACUACCAAAGGCACAGCCUGUAUAAUCUCUCUGCCUUCCCAUCACCUGUUCUAGUUUCCAGGAAUCACCUCCACUCGCGCACACACUUUUUCUAAUUGUUGUAUUUUGAUGUGCGAGUGUGAAUUGUGUCUGUGUGUAUGUGUGAGAGAGAGGUGUGUAACAAUAAUCACUUCAUGUCAUCAUAAUUACUAUUCUCGAGUCCACUCUUCUAAUUAAUGGCAAUCACCGUGGUGAAAGUGUGACUAUGCCUGGCCUCCACCAUCUGCCCACCUGCAAAUCACACACCUCACAGCUGGAGAUCAAAAUUAUGUUUUAUUGGACAACAUCAGGGGGGGAUCUAUUUCUAUUUGAUAGCAGGGCUGUCUGUUGAACUGCAGUCAGCAAAUCAAUUUCAAAAAAGCCAAAUCAUCUGUUGAAAGAGACAAGUCAAGCAAGCCCUUUUGGGAUCAGAGUUAUAUCUACAGGCUACAAGAUGACCUUUUCCAGCUCCCUCUUUCAAAGUUCAUUUCUCUAACGAUCAAUCACAAUGAGGAAGGUAAUGAUGGAGGAAACUGAAGAAGUUUAUGAUAAUAAAUCAUGAGGAUGAUGAUGAUGAUAAUAAUAAUAAUGAAAAUUACAAUGGUUACGGUGAUUAUGGUGAUAAUGAUGAUUCAACUACUGUAUAACUUUGCAAUAAUCUCACAGACUGAAAUUUCAGGGUAUUCCAUUAUCUGAAGUGAAUAGCCAUUUGCCCUUCUGGAGCAAUGAAAGCACCAUGUCCAAAAUACUAUGAGAGCCCCGACUCGUACAUGACUGCCAUGUCUGGUCCACAUAACAGUAGCCUGACAGAGAUGGUUUCAGUUUGUGCUCAGCACGCUGACUCUGAGCAUGUGAGAGAGUGAUGGCGCUAAAUACCCUCUGGGCCCAAAAUGAGGCUAUGUUAUUAUGAUGUAACUCUUUGAAGGUUCUUUCCAGGGGGUUUUAUGGAAUACAGCCAUCAUUGCUUGAAUUAUUCACCUACAUUUAUGUAAAACGUUCUAACUUGUCUCUGCAAUAUUUGUACAGUUUUGAGUCUCUUUAAGAGCUGGGCUGUGUUAAAAGAGAAAGUCAGCUUUUUUGCAAGUGUGUGAGAUAGUUACUGAGUGAGUGGUUAUGAAUGCGCCUGCUUAAAAAUCUCCCAAUUUGCCAGCCUCCCUAACUCAGCUUGUGGUGCUCUUUUUUGUUGACCAUAAUGCACCAUAAUACAGUAUUUCAGAGAAAUGUUAAGGAUUGGACUUAAAGGAAUGCUACUGUGUUAAAUUGAUUAGAUUCUCUGUCACCUGAAAGGUAAUGCCAGUGAUUGUUGAGUGUAUCCUUUGCUUGGCAACUGUUGUCGACAUAAAGCCGAGUUUAAAGCUGACAUCAAAGCCUGAGGAGGCUCUGAGCUGGAGCACCUACUUACUAUUCUACAGACGUCUCACUCCUUAUCCACUCACCAGCCUUAUCAAAUCACCACAGAGGAAUCCACUCGCAAAUAUGGAUUUAUUUGUGUGCGUGGCUGUUUGUGAUUGUGUUCUUCCCCCAGUGUAGUGAUGUUUGUGGGAAUAUGUGAGUUUAAUUUGGGAGUGCAUUGUGUGUGUAUGCCUGUGUGUGCAUGUGUGGGUUUGUGUGUGUGUGUGUGUUGAGUGGGAGGUGACUUCUGCAAUGUUCUUCAUCCUGGACAUAGGGCACUGGGAGGGCUCUCUUUGUGAUGUCCUUCUCUGGGGAGGUGACAUUUGUGGGGCAAAUGGCCACCUUUCAAACACAGCACUGUCACGGUAUUGUUAUUGGCCUGAGAGUGGUGCAGGUAUCAAUAGGCAAUAACAUCUAAAACAAAUCGUGGACAACAGCACAGAACAACAUACACAGGAACAGCCCAGUGUACUGAAGGUUUCUUUUCUAUGCAUGGGGAUAUGUACAGUAAAAUGCCGAAAGGCAUUUCUGACCUUGUACAUAGCAGCGUAGCAUGUUCCUGCCAUGGCGACUAUGCUGUUAAAGUGAGAUAGCAUGCCAUUAUAUAUUACAGAGCAGCACUGCACUGACCUCCUUUAAUAUCCAGCCAAUGUGGAGACUUAUACCACAGUCUCUUGGAGAAUUCCGCUUCGAAAAAGCCAGUCACAGUGGACUGCCUGUAAAUAUGUUGACCAACAUUACAGAAGAUGAAGAACGUACACAGAGAGGGAGAAUAGAUACAAAUGUUCCAGAAUGUAAAGACUGUGAGAUGGAUGUUUUCUGCAUGUUAUUAAGGAUGAGAGUAUGUCUGAGAUGGUCUAGAGCAGUGGAUCCCAAACCUUUUAUAGUCCCGUACCCCUUCAAACAUUCAACCUCCAGCUGCGUACCUCCUCUAGCACCAGGGUCAGCGCACUCUCAAAUGUUGUUUUUUGCCAUCAUUGUAAGCCUGCCACACACACACUAUACGAUACAUUUAUUAAACAUAAGAAUGAGUGUGAGUUUUUGUCACAAACCGGAUCGUGGGAAGUGACAAAGAGCACUUAUAGGACCAGGGCACAAAUAAUAAUAUAAUAAUAAUCAAUAAUUUUGCUCUUUAUUUAACCAUCUUACAUAAAACCUUAAUUGUUCAUCUAAAAUUGUGAAUAACUCACCACAGGUUAAUGAGAAAGGAUGCACAUAACUCUGCAAUGUUGGGUUGUAUUGGAGAGAGUCUCAGUCUUAAAUCAUUUUCCACACACAGUCUGUGCCUGUAUUUAGUUUAGUUUUCAUGCUAGUGAGGGCUGAGAAUCCACUCUCACAUAGGUACCUGAUUGCAAAGGGUAUCAGUGUCUUAACAGCGCGAUUUGCCAAGGCAGGCUACUCUGAGCGCAGCCAAAUCCAGAAAUCUGGCAGUGGCUUCUGAUUAAAUUCUUGUUGCUUGUUGCAAUUUCGAUGAAGCUCUCUUGUUCAGAUAUCGAUAAGUGGACUGGAGGCAGGGAAUGAAAGGGAAUAACGAAUCCAGUUGUUUGUGUCAUCCGUUUCAGGAAAGUACCUGCGUAAUUGCGCACCCAACUCACUCAGGUGCUUUGCUAUAUCACAUUUGACAUUGUUUGUAAGCUUGAAAAAAAUCAUACAAUGAUGGAAAGACCUGUGUGUUGUCCUUGUUAAUGCAGACAGAGAAGAGCUCCAACUUCUUAAUCAUAGUCUCAAUUUUGUCCCGCAAAUUGAAUAUAGUUGCGGAGAGUCCCUGUAAUCCUGGAUUCAGAUCAUUCAGGUGAGAAAAAACAUCACCCAGACAGGCUGGUCGUGUGAGAAACUCGUCAUCAUGCACGAGGUCAGACAAGUGAAAAUUAUGGUCAGUAUAAAAAACUUUAACCUCUAACGCCUCCCUAACCCGGAUCCGGGAUCCCCCCCAACACAAAAGCUGACUAGCAUAGCCUAGCCUAAAUUUAUUUAUGCUAAGUCGAAACAGCACCCCCUAUAUUCGCAAGAAGUUUUAAGCUUGUCACUCAAUUUUAAAAAACGUGUCAAUACUUUUCCCCUUAAUAACCAGUGUACUUCUGUAUGCUGUAAAAGCAUUACAUGGCGCUUCCCAUAUCAUUGCAUAGUGCAAAAAAUACACAAGAGUUCAGGGCCCUUAACAAAGUUUUAACAAAGUUAACCAUUUUCACUGUAGUGUCCAAAACGUCUUUCAAGCUGUCAGGCAUUCCCGUGGCAGCAGGAGCCUCUCUCUAGAUGCUGCAGUGUACUCAAGUGGCGUCGGGAGCAACUGCUUACACGCCCGUUACCACUCCACUAUGUCUCCCUGUCAUGGCUUUUGCGCCAUCAGUACAGAUACCAACACAUCUUGAUCACCAAAGUCCAUUUGAUGUCACAAAGCUGUCCAGUACUUAAACAAUAUCCUCUCCUGUUGUCCUGGUUUCAAGUGGUUUGCAGAAGAGGAUGUCUUCCUUAAUUGACCCCCCCAUAAACGUAACGGAUAUAUACAAGGAGCUGUGCCAGGCCCGCCACGUCUGUUGACUCAUCCAGCUGUAACGCAUAUAAUUCACUGGCUUGUAUGUGAAGCAGUAAUUGUUUCAAAACAUCUCCUGCCAUGUCACUGAUGAGUCGUGAAACAGUGUUGUUUGAUGAAGGCAUUGUCUGUAUAGUUUUUUGGGCCUUUUCCCCCAGCAUUGUCCGAGCCAUAUCCGUGGCUGCAGGAAGAAUUAAGUCCUCCACAAUAGUAUGGGGUUUGCCUGUCCAAGCCACUCGGUAGCUCACUGUUUUAAUUCUCGCUCAAAAAACUUGUGGCUUAUUUUUCAAAUAGACAUGUUUGCGCAAGAGUGAAGGUUUCAUCGAGUUGUGAGAUAGUACUUUUGCAUAUUUAACACUGUGGCUGAGGAAAGGCACUACUCCCGAUAUAAAUGAACCCCAAAUCAAUGUAGUUCUCAUCAUAUUUGUGCCUCUUCGAUGGUCCAACGUCCCGGUCUGUUGUUCAGUGCUUUCCCGGGUAAGGGGGCAGUAGCUCUUUGGCUACAUCAGAUUCACAACUGUCAGUGUCCAUGCUAGCUGGGCUAACAACAAAUGUAGAAUUACUGAUGCUAACAUUGGAUGUGCUCGUGGAAGCAGAACAACUUGUGUCGUCGACAGGUGCAGGUGUAGUACUGCAGGUGAAGCUGGUAUGUGUCUCUAAGGACGCGGGCCUUACUUUUUUUAACCAUUUAUCAAUUUUUGUUCAAACGGAAGGAGCAGCAGCGACAUUUGGCUACAUACGGACCAUUAGUGGAAUUCCCACGAGAGAGUAACGGUUAAUGUGAUUGGAUGUUAAUUAUUUGGCAAGGCUAGCUGUAUUUGCAGUGAAAAAAAUCCCACCCAAAUGUAUAGCCCCGUUGGAAAAUAGAUAUGGACUGUUUGAAAAUGUGAAGCUUGCUUUUCAUUUUUUUAUUAAAAUAUGUAUAUAUAUAUAUAUACUGUAUAUUAUUUUUUUUAAUGUGAAUCACAUUUUUAUUUGGCGUACCCCUGAUGGUAUUGCCCCAGGUUGGGAAUACCUGUCUAGAGAACGUUCUAAGAGGAUCAGAGUAUGUAGGCAGUCGUUGAGAUAUAGUCAUGUUCUAAAAUAUCAAGCUUGUUUUGGUCGUCACGUACAUUAUCUGAGAAGGUUCUGUGGUUAGGCUUAAUAUUAGGAACUGAGGGUUCUUUGCUGAUUUAUAAUGGAUGAGGAAGAAACUGUAUUAGUUCGGAGAUAGAAUGUGAGACAGAGAAAGUUCAAUAGUUCUGAGAUAGAAUACGAAACAAACAAAGUUCAAUAGUUCUGAGAUAGAAUAUGAAACAAAGUUCAAUAGUUCUGAGAUAGAAUGUGAGACAGAGAAAGUUCAAUAGUUCUGAGAUAGAAUGUGAGACAAAGGAUGUUCAAUAGUUCUGAGAUAGAAUGUGAGACAAAGGAUGUUCAAUAGUUCUGAGAUAGAAUGUGAGACAAAGGAUGUUCAAUAGUUCUGAGAUAGAAUGUGAGACAAAGGAAGUUCAAUAGUUCUGAGAUAGAAUGUGAAACAGAGAAAGUUCAAUAGUUCUGAGAUAGAAUGUGAAACAAACAAAGUUCAAUAGUUCUGAGAUAGAAUGUGAGACAGAGGAAGUUCAAUUGUUCUGAGAUAGAAUGUGAGACAGAGAAAGUAGUGAGAAAGUAAGACAGAAAAAGUUGUGAGUUAGAAUGAGAAGCAAAGAAAGUUCACUAGUUCUGAUAUAGAAUGUGAGACAGAGAAAGUUAAAUAGUUCUGAAAUAUAAUGUGAGGCAGGGCUCUUAGAUUCUGAUAUUGAGAGUAUGCCAGAGAAAUCUUUACCUGGUUGAGGCAAAAAUAAAAACACCGGUAGCGUUCGCCAGCUUAGAGUACGUAGCACCUCUGAACAGACUGCCAGCUGUAAUUCGCAAACAGAGUGCAAACAUGUAGAAUCGCUGAUUGCCGCCUACCAUCAAGUGGUCCCUAAAACCAACCCGGCGAAUGAACGGCAGAUCAAUAUUUGGUGAGGUGUAUGCCUAAGACAGAGCAGGUCCCAUGAAGGGAGGGGUAGUGACAUUGAGAAUGUGGUUCACACAUGCCCUCUCAUAUGUGUUUGGAAGUCACGCUUCAUUUCCUGCUCAAUCUCCCCAACUAGUGUUCUAUGUGUCUACUGCCCAGUGCCCUUCCCUCUAGCACACUAUGUGUGUGUGUGUGUUUGUACAUGUAGGUGUGUGUAAGAGUGACUGAGUGAGUGUAAUGACCUAUCUGUAUGUGUGUAUGAGUGUGUGAGAGAGAAAAAGGAGAGCAAGAGAGAGGAAAAGAUAGAAAAAGAGGGCAUGAGAGUGACGAUCAAUAGACUCAAUAAAAGCCAAGCUGGAGAGCAAUAGUCUAGCGUUGAGAGCAAUAAUUUCCCUUAGGUGCAGAGGGGGGAGCAAACCAUGUUUGUUGAUAAUGAACUCAGAGCAGUGGUGUCCAAUUCCAACCUGUAAACCGGACAAAGUGGCCUCUUUCACAACAACUGUGUUGGGAGAUAUUCCUCCAUCUUAUGAAACACUUUAGAGACCAACAGACCAAUAGAACUGGAACAUUACCACUGGCCAGUGUGAUCUGGCCAUGCAUUGAGCUGCCUGGUUUUUCUGUACUUUACCGUCCUUUUCUGAGACAGUGGGGUCUACAGUUGCAAAGUUCCGGGCACUUUGGUCCAAGUUUCUGGUUGGGAAAACCAGGGAAUUUAUUCGAAGUUCACUGCUAUAGAACUCCACUAGAGUGCACUCUAGAUGGUUGAAGGACCUUGGUCUUAGGUUUUAAAUAAAACUGGGGUCAAACGGGGAACACCACUCUCAUAAUACAAAGAAAAAAGAGUGGCUAAACGUUAUAAUAAUAAUAAUGAACGCUUAUGGGGUUCUUCUGAAGGACUUGACGGUACUGCCAAGACCAAAGGGAUGUUUAAAGUAUAGAGGCUGUCAGUCUACUGUACACAAAUUGGAUUUAGAACAAACUUAUCCUUUGAAUGGUGCUCUCCUGGCUCAUUGUUUCAUAUAAAUAUUACUAUAUAGCUAUGUCUGUAUGUAAAAAAUAUCUGUUAAAUGUGAGGUCUUGUGUUGAUAUAUUUUCAGAAAAUAUCUUGAAGAAUGAAUGUGAUAAAUGUUUCUUGUUGUGUUUUCUUUUGUUCUGCUUUGUCAUGUAUUUCUGAUUGAGACUUAAGGGAGGGAGGUUUUUGCUUUACUCAUACCAAUCCUCCCUUCAGUGGGGUUUUGUAGGUGAACAAAAGCUUUGUGGUGGGCUGAAGUGGUAAGGACACUGGUGCAUCAUUCCCACAGAAUGCUAAAUGAUGCACUCACUGAAUCCUACAGUGUGAUUGAGUUACACAGGGUGCAAGAGAUUUAACACUAAACUGUAAAUGUAGUCAGAGCAAAACAGCAUGUGGAAACAUGCAAAUGGCCAGAUAGAUCUGUCUGUCAGUCCCUCCCGGAUUCUGCGAUCGCAAUUUUUUUAGCAAAAUCAAGAAUUCCCAGCAUAUUAUUUGACCAAUCACAGCCCCAUUUCCUCAUAAGAGUCAAAUCAUUGCAUUAUCGCAAAAAACAGAUCCAUACGCAGUACAAAAAGAUGGCUUGCAAUCCCAACCAAUCACUGCACAUUUACCACAUCUAGUUCAAUUAAGCUACACAGUUAAAUAUAGAAAAAAUAAGCUACACGCCAACAAACGUUUUUCCUCGUUAGCGCAUUUUCACAACAAAUUGGACAAAAUCACUGCAUAUUGCCAUGCAAAAUAUCAGAAUUGCCGCAGCAAAAUAAAACAUUUCCCCCCGCAAAAAUAUCACAAAACAUCCCUGCGAAAUCCUGGAGGGACUUGUCUGUCAGUCAGUUAUGGCCAUUCCCAGCAAUGACCAGACUGUCUCAGCACCCACUGGGCUCAGGGUUAGGGUGACACAAGUCUUCCAAAAACUAACCACGCCACCUCCUUUCUCCUCUCGGCUCUGGGUUGAUCUCAAUCCUUUCCUCUUGUCUUCCAAAAGUUACAGACGUCUUCCAACAAGAGCCAUACGUAAUAAGACGGGCCUUGGCACAGAUGGAGCCAAUGAAAGAAGGGCUGACUCCUUUGACCCCUCCCACUGUUCCCAGGGGACAAUGAACACAGGUGUGACUUUACAUGGCGAUAGAGUAGAGAUGGAUCUACUAACUCUGCAGCCACAACAAAAAGACUAGAGUGUAAUAACAAUGCAGCGAGGACUAACAAUCUGCCAUGGGGACAACCAACUUACAAGGACGACAAACAGUCUUCAGCAAGGAUUAACAGCCAGCAAGGAGGACUAACAGUCUUCAGCAAGGAUUAACAGCCAGCAAGGAGGACUAACAGUCUUCAGCAAGGAUUAACAGCCAGCAAGGAGGACUAACAGUCUUCAGCAAGGAUUAACAGCCAGCAAGGAGGACUAACAGGCUGCUAAACAGUCCAGAAGUCUGCAAUAAGGACAACAAGUCCAGGUUGACAUGAUAAUCUUUUCAUAACUUGCAUGCGCCACCAUUUACCAACUCCCACGAUAAGGGAUGACACAUCCUCUUCAGUAACUAGAGACACACAGGCCCCUCUCCUCACCCUCUCUCUGAGUUUACCAUCAGACCUGUGUAUAUUUCUAUAGUAACUCACAUCUGACUCGAGUGGAGAUGUUUACUGUCAGACCUGUGGACAUUUCUAUAGUUUGUCACACCUGACUGGAGGACAGAUACUUAUCAUCAGACCUGUGUUCAUUUCUAUAGUAACUCACACCUGACUCAAUGAGAGAUGUUUACCAUCAGACCUGUUUCUAUAGUAACUCACACCUGACUCAAUGGGAGAUGUUUACCAUCAGGCCUGUUUCUAUAGUAACUCACACCUGACUCAAUGGGAGAUGUUUACCAUCAGACCUGUUUCUAUAGUAACUCACACCUGACUCAAGAGGAGAUGUCUUACUAUAGAAUAUUAUUCAAUAAAACAAACAGAUAUAUUUGUAUGAUUGUA